CUGAGCAGCCUAAUUUCGUGUGAAUCCGCCGCGGCGCCCUCCGGCAACUCUCAAGGGAUCGGGGCGACAGGCCGCCGCAGCAGGCGAUGAGUAGCAGACGACAAGGCGACAAGAUGGCGGCGCCCAGGAUAGGGUGAGAGAGAGGGGCAUGACGGCGUUCACGUGGUGCUGGAAGGUCUGAACUGUCGCUGAACGGUUGAAGAAAUGAAGGUGAAAGUCCUUACUCGGAAUCCGGACAACUACUUGCGAGAGACGAAGAAGGAUAUAUUCAAAGUGGAGAGAAAUUAUGACUCCUACCUGCAUCCGUUUGAAGCACCUCGUGAAUAUACGAGAGCCUUGAAUUCAGCGAAGUUGGAUAGGGUCUUUGCAAAGCCUUUCCUGGGAAGUCUGGAUGGUCACACCGAUGGAGUUGCAUGUCUUGCAAAGCAUCCCAAGACUCUCUCUCACAUCUAUUCUGGAUCGAUGGAUGGAGAGAUACGAGGAUGGAACUUGAGUGAGCGAAAAUGUGCGAUGAAAGUGCAGGCCCAUAAAGGUUAUGUGAGAGGCUUGUGCUUCACCCCAGAUGGACAGAACUUCCUAUCAGUAGGAGAUGAUAAGACCAUCAAUCGAUGGAAGUGCUUCCAUGCAGAUUCUGAAGACUCUGUUCCCACCCAGUCCAUUCUCAGCAAGAGCAUUUUGAUGAGCAUAGCCCAUCAUAGAACAGAUCCAAUGUUUGCCACCUGUGGUGAAGUGUGCCAAAUAUGGGAGGAGACACGAUCUGAGCCUCUGAAGAGCUUCCAGUGGGGAGUGGACUCUCAGCAUUGUGUCAGAUUCAAUCCUGUCGAAAACCACCUUCUGGCAUCAUGUGCAAGUGAUAGAAGCAUAAUCUUGUAUGACACACGAGGUGCCAGCCCCCUGAGAAGGGUCAUUCUGCAACUCAAAUCAAACAGUAUUGCUUGGAAUCCUAUGGAGGCAUUUAUCUUCACUGUUGCGAAUGAAGACUAUAACCUCUACACGUUUGAUAUGAGAAACCUGAGCCGCCCUCUGAACGUGCACAUGGAUCAUGUCUCAGCUGUUAUCGACUUAGACUUUGCCCCAACGGGAAAAGAGUUUGUGAGUGGCAGUUAUGACAAGACCAUCCGCAUCUUCCCUAUCGAAAAGGGGAGGUCAAGAGAUGUGUAUCACACAAAACGGAUGCAGAGGCUGACUUGUGUGUCUUGGUCAUUGGACAACAAGUACAUCCUCUGUGGGUCUGACGAAAUGAACAUCCGACUCUGGAAAGCAAGAGCCUCUGAAAAAUUGGGCUUGUUGAGUGGUAGAGAGAAGAAUGCAUUGAAUUAUGAGGCGAGGUUGAAGGAGAAGUUUGGAUCCCAUCCACAAGUGAAGCGGAUCCUUCGCCAUCGACACGUCCCCAAGCACAUCUACAAUGGCCAGCAGGAACUGCAGAUCAUCAAGCAGUCACGAAAACGCAGGGAGGCCAACCGCCGUGCACAUUCCAAACCUGGCUCCGUACCGCACGUGCCAGAGAAAGCCAAGGCAGUACUCUCAGAGCAGUCCUGAUGACCAGACGUGUUUUGCCAUGCUGGCCAAAGCCCUCCAUGGCACAAAAGUUCAUCCUCUCUGUAUGGUGUUUAAUAAAGCCAGAAAUUGGUUU